CUAAGCUAUUAUAGCGCGGAGUAUAUAAGGCUCAGUCUAGAAAACGAAGCGGUUCAGUUAGUGGUCAUACGCCACGCUAAAACAUACGUGAACUCAAGAAUGAAUAUUAAGAUUGCCAUCAUUUUGGUGGCAGUGGCCACCCAAGUUAUAUGCGCGAAGGAUUCGAGCAAGGUAGAUUCGAACAAAAGCUCGCAAGAUGUCGAAGCGGAGUCAACGGAGAAGAAAACAGAAAAACGUGGACUUCAGCAUAGUUUUGGUGACUUAGGCGGUGGCGGUAUCGAGCUACACGGUGGUGGCGGCGGCGGUGGCGGCGGCGGCGGUGGUGGUUACGACUCGCACGAACAUGUGAAGACGGUGACGGUUGUAAAGAAAGUGCCGGUACCUUACGAAGUAACGAAGCACGUACCCUAUCUGGUGGAGAAGCACGUACCGUACGAGGUGAAGGUCGGCGUGCCGCAGCCCUACACGGUCGAAAAGCAUGUGCCCUAUCCCGUAAAGGUGUUCGUCAAAGUGCCGGUCCACGUGCCGCAGCCGUACACCGUUGAGAAGAAGGUGCCGUAUGAAGUGAAGGUGCCGGUGGACAAGCCUUACGAGGUCAAGGUAUACGUGCCACAGCCCUACACCGUGGAGAAACAUAUACCGGUGCCGGUGAAGGUACCGGUGCCACAGCCCUACACCGUCGAGAAACAUGUGCCCUUCCCGGUGAAGGUAAAGGUGCCGGUCCCGCAGCCGUACCCUGUGGAGAAACCGGUGCCCUACGAGGUGAAGGUACCAGUGGACAAGCCGUAUCCGGUCCCUGUGCCGAAACCGUAUCCGGUCACUGUGGAAAAACCGUAUCCGGUACCGGUCGAGAAGCCGGUACCGUACGAAGUGAAGGUACCAGUCGACAAGCCGUACCCGGUGCCAGUUGAAAAACCAUAUCCGGUGCCGGUGAAGGUCCCGAUACCGGCCCCAUACCACGUUCACAAACCAGUACCAGUGCCGGUGGAGAAGCCGGUCCCGGUGCCGGUCAAAGUGCCGGUCGACAAACCGUACUUCGUCGAGAAGGAGGUCCCGGUUCCGGUCGAGAAGCAUAUACCGGUGCCAGUUAAGGUGCCGGUGGCUGUACCCGUUCAUAUACCAAAGCAUCACGGUGAUCUUGGCGGUUACGGGGGUGGAGGCGGUGGAGGCGGCGGAUAUGGUGGAGGCGGCGGAUAUGGUGGAUACGGUGGAGGCGGUGAAGGUGGCGAUUAUGGUGGAGGAUAUAGCGAUGGAGGCGGUAUCGACUUGCACGGUGGUUUCAGUGGCAGCAGCGGUGGCGGCGGCGGCGGUGGCGGUGGCGGUGGCGGCGGCGGCGGCGGAGGCGGUGGUUACGAUUCGAUUCACGGCUGAUCCUCGAGACGACGAAGCGCGGAGAGGACGCGUGAAGCGAGCAUCGAGAAGCGUUUUUAUUUUUAAGAAGUGCUCCCCCUCGAUGUCAGAUAAUCGCGCGUGCUUUUCUCCGAAUACUGAGAUACUUUUCGCCGAAUUAGUUUACCAAUUCUCGAGAAGUAAUCUCGAGGGUUGUACGAAGAAAUUUUAGCUGUUUAAGCAAAGAUCUUUUUUUUGUUCCGAGAUUGUUAGCGAAUUAGGAGAAAUAUGCAGGUGAUAAUUAGCUGUCGCGAUUGACGACGCGAUUCGCCAACAUAUUGUUGUAUUAUAUUUCCGAAAAAGAAAUUCAGGUAAAUGUAGCGCGGUUAUUCGGUAAUACUCUUAGACUGCGUAUCAUUAUAAGUUAAGCGGAAUCGAUUAUUCUAUGGAUUGUGUUCUCCGCGGUAACAAAUUGCGCACAUUAAUGAAUUUACAUAAUCGAGGUCUGAACGAAUGUUUUCUGCAUACAUCUUUUCUAUGCCUUUAAAAAAGAUACACAAGUACGUGCAGAUUGUGGCGCACGUUAUUGGGUUAACGCGGCAAUGUCCGUUAUGUCCACGCGUAACGUAGCCGUGACGUAUGUUCACCAUAUUGAGAAACGUCCUAAGUUAAGUAAAAAAAAACCUCAUUGUGAAAAGAAUAUACGUAUCUUUUUAUAUCAAAGAUUUAAUAAAUACUCUGCCCAUUACACCUCA